AGCACCUGGUAAAGACCUCCACAGUCAGUGAGCAUUGCAUUCGUUCUUUCUGCACGAUCUCCAUACUUUAAUAUCCGCCACAUUCAACAGAUUUGUAUCUGUCUGCCGUCACAUUUGCAUCCCCAACGUCCAGGACCUUGAUUCCUUCCACAACUUGUGUGGGGCGACCAGCGAUCACCCAAACUGAUGAGGUUCUACUGAUCCAGUUACGAUUGAGUUCCCUUUUCCACAUUUGACAAGCGGAAAGAAUGUCGGAAAGGGCCGAUGAUGACGUCAGGGGGGAGCAGCGCAGAGCGGCCAGGCAGCUAAAGCAGCAACAGCAGCAGAUCCAGCGGGGAGAAGGCUCCACAGCAAUGGCGACUGUUGCGGAGCGCAGAUCCCUGCCUAGUCCAGAAAUGAUGUUGGGACAGUCUUGGAGCAACUGGGUCGAUGCUGCCAUACCCAAAGGCAACGACGGUGCUGAAUCGGAGGAAAGUUUGAAGGAGUUCGGGAAAAAUCGAGAAGCCAUGCGAUUGUGCAGAGAUGACAUGCCCAUAUUUGGCCAGUGUCCAGCACAGGACGACUUCUACCUGGUGAUGUGCAGCCACUGCAGUCAGGUGGUGAAGCCCCAGGCCUUCCAAGCACACUACGAGAGAAGACACAGCUCGGCCAGCAAGCCCCCCUCCACCUCGGCCCCCUCGUCAGCCUUCUUCCUGUCUGCUCUGUCUCGGAGCAGGGGCAGUGGGACUGGGGCUGGUCCCGGGGUGGGGGCCGGGAGUGUCAGUGGAGGGGCCAUGGGCCGCUCCUCCAGUGGGACCAGCGCCUCGUCCAACUCCAAAAUCCUCAAACCAGCCAAAGAGAAGCUGCCAGGCAUACAGCAGAGACCUCACUUCCCUCCCUUCAGGGAGCUCAAUGACAAAAUCCUGACCCCUGCAGUCAAAGUGGAGAAGAUGCGUCUGAAGGUGGAUGUGUGGGCCAAGCUGGUGCAGGCUCCCUUGGCCUCCACGACGUCGUCCUCCUCCAGCAGCACUGUGAGCUCCUCAUCACCCCUGAAGCCAGGCCUUAACUGUCCCUCCAUACCAAAGGCUCCCUUGCUGGCCCCUGGCCAGAUCCCCAACGGCAAGGGCCACAUCUCCCUCUCUGCCCUGGACAAGAAGCAGGACAACAGCGCCAGUAACAGACAACACCUCCACAAGAGACUGUCAGAACGUGAGUUUAAUCCAGAUAUCCACUGUGGGGUCCUGGAUAUGACAGCUCGGAAGCCAUGCACACGAUCCCUAACAUGCAAGACACAUUCCCUAAGCCAGCGGAGGGCAGUGCUGGGCCGGAGGAAGCGCUUUGACACACUGUUGACUGAGCACAAGAGCAAAGCCCGGGAACGGGAGCUGCAGCACACCCACCCCCAGCAGAUCCCCCCUCUCAGGGACCCCCACCCCUCCCCCUCCCGGCUCGCCCCCCACCAUGACGCCCACCAGGUCGCUCAAGGCAACGGAGCCGCCGACGCCGCCACCAAGCCUUUGGUGCUCAGCAAACCCAAACCUCAAAAUCCUGGUCUUCCACGACUGAAUAGCAGUAUCUCUCAAGGAGGUGGCGGUUUCCUGGGAGACCCCUCGUCGGUCCACGAGUUGCCCCACCACUCUACGCCUGCCCCCGACGGGGUCUCCUGCCUGUCCAGUGAUGAGGGGGAGAAUGAGGAAAGGGAGGAAGGCACAGACAAACUGGACUGUCACUAUUCAGGUUACCAACCACGGCCUGCAGCUUACUGCACCUUUGGAAGUCGACUAUUUGGGAGUAGCUGCUACUCGUUUGACCGGCGCUGGGAUCGAAUGCGGUGUGCUCUUACUGCCAUGAUGGACAAGCACGUCAACACUCAGAUGUGGAAGAAAAUCCCUUUGGCCUUGGAGAACUCCUCUGCGCCGGCCUACAGGACAAGCACAAACUCCCUGUCCUCAUCCCACGGUAGCACCCCUGCCUCAGGCUUCCUCAGCCCCUCCUCUGCGCCCCCUCCGCCCCCUUACACCCAGUCCUACGACAGCAAGUCUGUGCUCUCGUACGGGACCACCUUAAACGCUCGUGCCUCCCAGGGCACGGCCGACCACCCUGCCUACAGCGCAGCACAGGCCAGACAAGUGUCUUCGUCGCCCCAGAUGCCUUCAGCCCACUCCUCGGUCACCACCCUGGCUUCAGGACGACCGCUCAAGUCCAGAUCCAGCGGCAAGUCCUUCAGACCCCGGGAGUCUUCCUCCACAACCGUCAUAACCAACUCCACCAGCGGGGGCAGCAGCAGCACUAGCCUCAGCUCGGGGAAGAAGAAGAAGAACAGCUCCCUCACAUCGUCUCACGCUACCACCUACUCCUCAGAGUCCUCCUCCAACCCUACCUCUUCCUCAUCUUUCUCCUUCAAGAAGAACUGCACGGUAAACAGUGGCAGCUCAGGGAGCACGUCCCACCACGUCCCACUAGUCCCCUCAUCUCACAGCGGCGUCCACAGUGUGGGACUUAACUGUGGCCCCAAUGCCAGGACCAACUCCCUCAGUCUGAAGGCAGAGCCCUCGGGGCCAGCGGGGGUGUCGGGGCCUGGGGUCAGAGGCCCCCCCUCGGGCAGCCCGGCCGAGUCCAUCAAAAGGAUGAGUGUGGUGAUGAACAGCAGUGACUCCACCCUCUCCUUGGGGCCUUUUGUCCACCAGGCCUCAGAGCACCACAGCAGGUUCAGCCAUGCCCACACUGACGGCCGCCUGGAGGGGAAGAAACGCAAGGGCUCCCCCGCUGCCAGCUCCGUCAACAGUGGAGGUGGACCGGGCAGGCCCAAAGUGGCCAAGUCUCCAGCAAUCAACAACAUCCACGGCAAACAUGGACGCACAAUCCCAGGAGGCCCAGGGCUCCCCAACAACUCCCUCAUCCAUCAGCCAAAGGCCCGCCCCUGACAGCAGUGGCUGUGUCCUCUAUGGAACCGAGGGGCGGAUGAUAAAGGGGCAACCUGUACACUGCUCUGGACUGCACGAGGCCUUCUAAUGCCUUACUCUCAGCUUCCCAUGAUCCUCAGGGUGGAGGUGAUCUGGACAACCCUGUGAUGUCGUCUAUAGUGGAACUAUUUCUCCUAAAGCCAUGUGGAGGUGGCAGGUGUUAGCACCUGGGGUGGGUCUCACCUGGCCCCCUGUCAGUCAGUGUUGUCCUGAGGUAGGUCUUCCUAUGGGGAGGAGGGAGUUGCAGCCUUCCUGCCCUUUGACCUCCAUGUUGAAGUUCCAGAGGGAGGGUGAAGGGCUGGCUCAACAGCCAUGCCACCGCCCACCCACCAUCAUGAUGCAGAGCCACUGGGAGUGACUGGAGAGCCAACAAGCCGCAAUCUGUUGGUAUCUGACUAUCUCUUCCGUGUGUGUGUGUGUGUGUGUGUGUGUGAGAGAGAGUGUUUGACUUUGUCACGUCAGAUUUUACUGGACUACUGGAAAUUUAAACUUACACCUGCAGGCCUGAACUCAGAAGCCUUGAAUGGAGAGGGCAGGAAGACAAACUGUCACUUACAUAACUUCAAUCACAUUUUUUAAAAGUUGUUUUUAUCCUUUCACUACAUUUUGUUGGUUGGUUUGAAUCAUUGUGGCGUGUGUGUAGAUACUGCCAUGUUAUGUACAGUAGCCAGAGAUGAACGGCAUGAGCAGAUCCAGUCAAUUCUAUAUGAGUUCCAUACAUGACCCAAACAAUUAUGCAAGUGUUACUUUUUUAGGUUUCUUAUGUUUUCACUGAAUUUAACUACAGAAGUCUGGAGAUUGGGGGGGGAAAGGUCAAUUGUGCAUGCAUAUGUGAAAAAGGAUGCCUGAUGUGACAAUUUGAUUGAAUGGUUGUGAAAGACAAGCUGAGUGCUUGGGACUAUAAGGUUCUAGCUGAAAAAAGAUGAUUAGCUUUAAAGUUAAGCAAUUUUAAUAUUGUAUUAUUUUGAAAUCAACAAAAUGAAUUGGGGUAUUUCGAGUACUAUAUAGGUAGGGAACAUUGAACAGAACAAGGCUGUCAAUAACUACAUUUUAACAAAAAUGCAGAUUUGACCUUGUAGUCCCAAGCUCAAAGUUGUAAUUCCUACAAUAUUAACAUUUUACUAAUGAACAGCCACAGUAGACCUAGCCCUAACUGUGAACAGCACUAAACAAAUACAGACCCACUACUUGCUUUAGAACAUUUAAGUUGUGCUUAUUUUCCCCAAAAGCUAGCCAAAGGCAGCAAUCUGUUUCUCCCACCAUAGUCUGUAACCGCUAUGGCUAUUAGUUUCCAUUCCGGUACCUUUAGUAAUGUCACAAUACUGUGUUUGUGAGUAGAGGGGUUUGUAAUGAUUGACAUCACACUUGUAUGUCCUUCAUCAAGCAUGAAGUCUUAAACUGGCAAUACUUCCCUCUGUCUGAGAUGAUGCUCCUUGGAAGCAAGUGGUGGUUUUUGGGGGGUGUGAGUUUCAUGGAGAUGGCUUCAGAGUAAGUUACUACUUUUUUGUAACUCCUGUAAAUUUCGAAAACUCCACUGAUGUCAGGCAGCAGAGAAGUUGAGUUUUGUAUGUAUUGAACAAACAUCGAAGUAUCCCUAUUUCAGAAUACAUAUUUUGUUAACGAAUUGUACAUAUUGAAAUAUGUAUUUUUGCACAGGCAUUUUCUAAUACAAAAUGUUUUGGUACAAUUGAGAUUAUUUAUUUAGUAAUUGAAAUAACACGUUUAAGAACUUAACUUAUUUGAAGUGGUUCACUGCCAAGUCUAACGCAAUAGGCCUAUAACUAGAGGUUGAAGCAUCUCAUGAAUCAUGUACUGGGAUCCUUUAAAAGGUGAAGUGUUUCCACUGUAGCAUGUUUGUGUGAUAGACAAUAUGUUUUGUUUGAACUCUCCAAGGUCUCACUUGUGCUUUUUACUAUUUUCAAGUUGCCUCAAUCAAAAAAGAAUUAUAAUUUUGUGACCCAAAUAGCCUGAUUCUGAAAUGCCCCGCAGGCUGAAAGUUGUGCCAGUUGUCUAAGCGAUUUCUAUGGAUUCACUCAAGUUUACACAGGCAGCCCAAUUCUGAUUUGAUUUUUCUCCAAUAACAUCAGAUCGUUUUCAGAGCUGAUCUAGUCAAAAGACCAAUUAGUAAAAAAAAGAAUUGGGCUGCCUGUGUAAACACGACCUCAGAUGUACUUUAUAACAUUUCAUCAUUGACACUUUCGCUUAAGGCUGAACGGACUUAAGCAAUCAUGAUAAACAGUGCAACUGCUUGCAUCAUUGUUGCCAAACAUAAUUUGAAGCUCAGCAUUGAAAACUUAGUUUUCAAAAUGCUAAAAUUAAGAAAGUGCCUGAAUUUGUUUCACACUGACUGAGGACACUUUUUUUUUUUUUUAGUUUUACCUUACUUGAAUGUUCAGUGUUUUAGGAGCUUGCUUUUAAAAUCUGCCUAUGAACCCUAAAUGUGGUAUAAAAAAAAGGCUUGUCAGCCAGCUGGUAUGAAACCUUGGUGUUAACUUUUUUCUUUUGAUUUAUCUGUUUUCCAGAUGGGGUGUUGAAGCUUCCUGGUCAAUUAUGAAUUGCUUGUAGCAGGUUCAGUAAAGUGUUUUGUUUACCCUCAACCUCCACUGAAAACGCUCACCUUGUUUUCAUGUGAUGGAAACUUUGAAAAUAUGUUUUUAUCAAGUACCACAGACUUGGAAUGUGAGACAACACAGCUUGCGGGAGGAAAAUAUCCUCAGUAAGAGCGUGCAUAGUUUUUGUAUACAUUAUCAGAAUCAUUUGAUCAGCUGGACUUGUACUGGCUGCUAUGUAAUUCAUGAACAAACAUGGUAGGUUAGAUUUACUUAAUAUUUAAAGAAGAUUGUAUAUUCUAUUUGUUUUAUAACAGGUUUCUGUAAAUAAAUAAUUUAUACAGCUAUUUAUACAGAAAACUUGCGUCGCUUCUUUACUGAUUUUAUCUCUGUAAAAUCAUUAACUCUUUAUCAAAGGAAAAUGAAGAAGUCACCAAAAAGAAUUUUAUAUACACAAUGAGGGUCAAUUCUUCAGACAAACUAUUGGUUUGGAUACUGGUACAACAGAAAUCCAGCUCUCCCUCCCAAAGAACACUGCCAUCCAUUUUACAUGUUGAUAACUCGAGACAACUUCUGGACACGGUUGAGCAGCAAGUCCCCUUUCUUGAUGGUCUCCUGGUACUGCCAAUUCUUACUAUCA